GCGAAACGUUUUCAUUCUAAUUUAAUGCGAUCUGCAGAUCUGCAGUAGCGUGCUGUACUGUACGGCGUUUAUAGGUAUGGAAGCCUGGUGAGGACGGAAUGGGUGCAGGGACGUUUGGUGCCGUAUUAUGAAUAUCCGUAUCUAACUGAUGUGAGAAUAAUGGCUAAACCAAAUCUUGCAAAAUUCAGAAGAAUCAGCAACGUAGAAAAUACUGGGCAGCUCAUAAUAUCAAGUUUCUUUAGUAAGAACACGAAGCCUAAAGAACUACCAUUUGCAGAACUAUGUGGAUCAGUGCCAGAUGAAUUAGAAGUUGACAGCAACUUACCAUCACCAGCAAAAAGGCAGAAAUGUUGUGACGACAGUGAUGUAGUUCCUGUACAAGAAAUUGCAGGCUCUAUUUCUGCCAGAACUCUGGAAAAAAUUAAAAAAUUUUCGGCAUAUCAUGAUGUUAAUGAACAAUUGGAAUGUGUUGAUAUUUCCAGAACAAAGGUUAUUGAAAGUAGAAAAAGGAAGAAAGAAAUUAAUUUAUUUGGCGCUUGGGAUUCAAAACAAGAUUCCUCUGUGCUUUCUGAUAAAGGAGAGUGUAGUACUCUGUCACCCAGUAAAAAUCCCACCAAGACUACAGACUGCAGUGUCAGCAGUAGUAAUUCCAUUGUGAAAUACACUCCGCUCGAGCAGCAAGUUUUAGAACUGAAAAGACAACACCAUGGGAUGAUUCUUAUGAUUCAGACUGCUUAUAAAUACAUGUUCUUUGGUGAAGAUGCUGAGAUUGCUUCCCGUGUACUGAACAUCAUGAUAUCACAGAACCACAACUUUCUUACUGCUGUUAUUCCAACAGUUCGAUUACAUGUUCACAUCCGGAGACUUGUGGAGGAAGGUUACAAAGUUGGUGUGGUGAAUCAGACAGAAACAACAGCAGUGAAGGCAGCUGGAGAGAACAAGAAUGCCCCAUUUACUCGAGAACUUGCUCAUGUGUAUACUAAAGCUACCCUUAUUGGAGAUGAUGUGGAUCCCUUAUCACAAGAGGGAGAGUUUAUACAGGGAGGCACUGUUGCAAGUUACAUCAUGUGUAUUGCAGAAUCUGCAGAGACAGUAUCUAACAGUCAACAGAAAUCAACUCAUCUGGCCGUAGUGGCAUUUGACCCCAGCACAGGAGAGACAGUUUAUGAUGCAUUUGAGGAUGGGCCUUGUCGAGAGGAACUGGAGCAGCAUCUUGAACAUUUAGAUCCAGCAGAAAUUCUAGCACCUCAUUCACUAUCCCAGGAGACAGAGCGCCUUGUCAAGUGCAGCCAUGCAAGAGUAGAGAGACUGGAAGAUGAUUUAUAUAACUUCACCAAUGCACUGGUGCAAGUCGCAUCUUUCUUCUCUGGACACGGUGACUCAGAAUCUAAUUCACCAAAGUUCCAGGCAAUGACCGAUCUGCCCCCUCUAACUGUGGUAUGCUUUUCUGUUUUGAUUCACCAUCUUAAACAGUUUGGAUUGGAGCAGGCAUUGAGGGCAGAUGGGUUACGAAGUUUUGCUUCAGACUCAAGAUACUUGCAAAUGGAUGCUAGUGUUCUUCGGAACUUGGAGGUAUUUCGGAGCAUUGUGGGUUCUCACAAAGGAAGUCUUUUCUGGGCCCUUGACCACACAAGAACAAAAUUUGGAUCCAGAUUACUACAUGAGUGGUUAUCACACCCUUUACGUGAUUUGACCAUACUGCAAAGUCGUCAAGAAGCCAUCAGUGAACUUCUUCACUCUGAGUCCCCAGUUGUUCAUCAGUUACAGGAACUCUUGGAUGGAAUCCCAGAUAUUGAUCGUGGCCUCACCACAUGUAUACAUCAGAGGUGUGGACCAUCAAGUUUAUAUGCAGUUUUACAGACUUUGGGAAAACUGCAAACAGAUUUGCAGUCUUUAUCUGCACUAGCUGAACAAGAUCUGCAGAGUUCCUUGCUACAGGAUUUGAUCAAGAACACUGUACAGCUGUUGUCCAAUAUUCAGCCUUUCCUCCAGAACCUCAAUCCUAUGGCAGCUAGGAAUGGAGACAAGACAAAAUUGCUUCAUGACUACUCUGCCUUUCCAGCUGUUACCAAGAGGUUGGAACAGAUCUCAGCAGUUACUCGACAACUGCAGGACCUGAAACCUGGAAUUACUCGGACGUUGGGCCUAUUCAGAUUUGAUUAUGUGACAGUAUCAGGUCAAGAAUUUCUCAUUGAGAUAAAACAGAACCAAAAGAAGUCCAUUCCAAGCUCUUGGAGGAAAAUCAGUGAGACAAAGCAGGUGGUUCGUUAUCGAUCACCUGAAGUAGAUACUUGUGUCAAGGAACUAAAUCGACUGAGGGAGCACCUUGUGGUUGACUGUCAUGCUGCAUGGCUGAGUUUUGUUACAGAGUUCAAUGCUCAUUACUUUGCCCAUAAGAAAGCCAUAAAAAACAUUGCCAUAUUAGAUGUCUUGUUUUCCCUGGUUGAAGUGGCAAAGCAAGAGUCUUAUUGCAAGCCUACAUUGGUGGACAUGGAAGAAACGGUUAUUAAUAUUGAAAAAGGAAGGCAUCCUGUGAUACCGCUUCUUUUUUCAGCAGAUGAUCAGUUUGUAGCAAAUGAUACAGAAUUGAAGAGUUCCGAAGAAUGUUGCAUGAUUCUCUCGGGUCCAAACAUGGGUGGCAAGUCUUGCUAUAUAAGACAAGUGGCUCUUAUUGCAGUGAUGGCACACAUUGGUUCAUAUGUACCUGCAAAGAGUGCCACAAUCAGUAUAUUGGAUUCUGUGUUUGUCCGUAUGGGAGCUAGGGAUGAAUUGCUUCAAGGACGAAGCACUUUGAUGCUGGAGCUGACAGAAGCCUCAGUCAUUCUGCGUAAGGCAACUUUUCGUUCAUUGGUGCUGCUGGAUGAACUUGGGCGUGGCACAAGCUCUUGUGAUGGAACCUCUAUCGCCAUUGCUACUUUAUACCACCUCUUGACACAGGUACAGUGCUUGACCCUGUUUGUAACUCACUAUCCAGCUGUGAUGGAAUUGGAGCACCAGUAUGUAGGGCGAGCUCGAAACUACCACAUGGCUUUCUUAGUCCAUGAUAAAGAAGAUGAGUCCCCUGAAGAAUUAACUUUUCUUUAUGAGGUUACUAGUGGAUCAGCAGGACGUAGCUAUGGACUGAAUGUAGCACGGCUAGCUAACCUGCCACCACUUAUACUACAGUCAGCCUCAAAAAAGGCUGUAAUGCUAGAAUCAUGGGCAAAUUCUAAAUGUUUUACUCGUCAGCAUUUUCAGCGUUUAUGGCAAAGCAAUGACCUCAAAGGAAGCCUGGAAGCAUUGGGAAGGACUAAAUGUGAUUAAAGAAGUGUGUCAUCCAGAUAAACUGUAUCCUGGUUUAUAUGGAUUUAUAAUUUGAAAACUACUAUGUUAUACGAAAACAUCUGAUGAUGCAAAUGUCUUACCAGGUAGAUGAAAAAUGUGUAAAGCAUUACAUUCAUAGAAGUGGGUAUUUCCUUGGUAAUGUAAGCCAGCAGACUGAAAGAAGACUGCAUUGCUGCUAAUGCAUUUGAAUCUUGUAUGUCUGCUGUUAUCUCAUUAUUGUAGCGAACCGAACUGUGGUAUUCUCCUUCAUUCUUUGUCAGUACAGAUGUUUGCUCUUGUACAUGCUGUUUAUGACAAAAUUUAUUUUGCAGCUGAAUAUCAAUUCCUUCAGUGGCAGAUUUGUAAGAUAUCUCAAGAGCCCAAACAAACUGAGAUACUGUAAACAUUAGAAGAUAUAGAAAGUUUCAGGGUAUUUAUAAAAAUCAUCAAAUGGGAUUUCUGUUUUCACAAGUUUACGAAACACAUCAGGCACCCUGCAAAGCAGAUAUUUUAAGAAAAGAGGGCCCCUGCUUGUAAAGAGAAUAGUUCCAGGACAUAACUGGAAGAUUUUCUUCCACAUCAGUGAAGCAAUUAGAAAGAAUAAAUUCACCACUUUCUUUUCUUAAAACUUUGCAGUCCCUUAGUAUCAUACACCAUGGAUUUCAUAUACAUUCUGUUUAGCACUGGACCACAGAAGAGUUAAUUUUGAGAUGAGAAAAGUGUGUAUACUCCAUCUGCUAUGGAAUGAGGCUGCAGCAUUGUCAGUAAGUGAUGCAGACCAUUAUGUGAUCAUUAAAAAGGUACUAGAUUUUGUUUUUAACAUGCUUCCUGUAUGCAUAUGCCAGUGGGAAAUUCAGACAUAAUUACGCAGAACAUUUCUUCCAUGAGGUUGCCUACACAAACUAUGACAUGAUUUGGUUUAUAUGGUGUGUGGAUUUCAGUAAUGCUGCUCCUGUUUAAAGUAAUACAGCAGUUAUCCUCCAAAUGCAGUUACUGAAUGUGAUCCCUUAUGUGCUACCCCAUGGUAUCAAAUUCCACCACUUCAGUAUACAUGAUGUAUCAGAGACCAUAUUCACUUUGACAUCUCCUUUCAGUGCACAAGGAAAAUCUCUGCUCUGACCCAGAGAAAGAGAGAUAAAUCAUAUUUUGUAUCAUAAGCUAAACUUCUUUCCUUUGCAUCUCCUUCUGAACCCUAAAUCACAGAGAUCAGUAUUUUAUUUAUUAUUUGAGGAAUUAUAGCAUUAUGAAGGAAAUAAUUAAAUUCAUGAUAUAAGGUCAUCCUUCAGCUGUUGAUGUGUAUCAGCGAGUGAAGAAAUUCCAAUCAUAUGAAACAUGAAGGCUGAUCAUAAUAAUCACAAAAGCCCACCAUCUACUGGCUUUUAUGAUCAUCUUAAUGAAUUUAUCUCGUAUCUUGCUGUAGAAUGUACAGCCUAUAUAUUUUGGUGCAGGAUCACAAAAAAGUUACAAUCACUGGUAAUUUUAAUUAUGACUGUAAUAUGUGUGUGUGUGUGUGUAUAUAUACUGGGUGGAGCAGAGGAAAUGCAUGUCUUUCACAUAAGAUUAACUUUGCUGAUUUUCAAGAUAAAACAUUUUUAAUUAUACAAAACAGAAGGCAUUUUAAUGCAUUUUUAACUUACAUUACAUAUGGAAAAUAAUGUCAGAUGACGUCCUUCUUGC